AUGCUGAAUAAUGAGUUUCUCCAAGGGUCUCUGAAUGUCUCUAACCUGGCUGACCUGAUCGCCAUCAAGCCUUCUGACCAGAUCUUGAUGGAAGUUGUUUUUGAGCCUGCAUCAGUUACCCAGCGCAGUUGGGUACUUUACAUUAAUUUUAUAUUCCUCAUCAUCUCCAACAAGGACCAGACACUUAGCCACCUCACCACAUCAUUCCGGCAUAACAUUCGACUUGCCUUAGAUGAUGCCAAAAUAUUCCUAGAACCAAACGAGGUGAAUGUUCAAGCCUUGACCAUGCUUUCUUGCCUUGGAGAGGAUUAUACUUCUCCUAGCCUAUCGUGGAUGCUUGCUAGCCACGCCUGCCGACAGGCACAAGCCCUAAACCUACACCUCACGGAGCAGCACUACUCCACAGAACAACAGCGCCGACUGACUCUCUUUUGGGUACUAUUCAUGGUUGAUAAAGCAUGCUCCUUGGCUUUUGGUCACCCAAUAUUAUUACCAAGUAAACUGUAUGAAAAUGUGCCUUUGCCUGAUUUCCAGCAUCUCCUAAAAUUUCGCCCCCGACAUGGGCAGUUCAACAAUGCUCAUUCACAGCCUUAUUCGUCAACAUUUGGCGCCCACUUCUUGACUCAAAAUAUCAAGUUGGCAAGAUUAACUGGUUUAAUCCUUCAUAUCCCGAUUAAUGGCGCUCAAUACGGUGGUAGGGAGGGCUUAAUAUCGUAUCUGGAUGAUUGGGACGUGUCAACAAGACAGAUCUUAUCAGAAGCUCGGGAGCUUGAAGCCGACAAUGCCAGUGAAGAACAGCUUCGUGGAAUGUCUCUUGCAAUUCGACUCAUGAGGUUCAAGUAUUUACAUAUCCUCGUCUUGACAUUACCAGAAGAUGUCCAAUACACUACUCUCCGACUCGAGUCCUCGCGGGAGGCUCUGUCCCUUCUUCCACACCUUUCGAGUAAACACCAUGUAUAUAGAGGAAUAUUCUGGACACUCCUUUAUUACCCUUUUACCUCAUUUUUCGUGGUUUUCAACCAUAUUACGUGUAAUCCAGAGGCACCAACCACCAGCGAAGAUUUAGAUCUAUUAAACACAACGCUGUCAUAUUUCCAGUCGAUGAAGGCAAAACUACACACCCAAUCUGUUGUUCCAUCUGAGUUGGAGAAAAUGGUCGAAUCAUUUAUUCAGCUUGCACGCUCAGCCGUCUCGAAAGACACAUCAAGCUGCACUUAA